GACAAGUUGAAUGUCUGUGCAACCACUUGUUCAAGAUCAAUUGGCACUCUGCAUGUAUGGACGUUUGCUAAUUUGAGGGAUUUUUGUUCUUAAAGGGAUGAUAAAACACGAUCUGCAGGAGUAAAGGAUUGAUGCGUAAAAGGGGCCAUUCACACGUGGCCUGAUUCUGUUUUUACCUUUCAGCAUUGCAACAUGGCACCUAUUUCUACCGUAUUUUUAUGCUUUGUAGCAUGUUUCCUCAGUGGAGCUAAGAGCGUUCCUGAGGCGUGCCGUGGGGCGCGCUGCUUCUCUGCCCAGGACUGGAGCAGACCGUGCGUCGGAGCGCACUGCCCGGGGCGCACGGAGGCAGCAGCGUCCCGACGACAGUUUCACCACUCUGCACAAUCCAGACAAGGACAAAUCUACCCGAGUUACCAACAGGAUGCUAUUUACAGCCACCACCAAGCCCAGAGCGCGCCGUUAGCACCCUACAACAUCGGCCAAGCUCAGCAGGGAAGCUUUGCGCAACAAGCUGGAGCUGAUGGCACCAGGAGGACGAACCCGAGAACCAUCACUGCGGAGGUGUUCCACCCUGGCUGCGCUGGUGGGACCUGUCCGACCACUGUAACUCAUCGCUCGACGAGUGAUGACAGUGCAGCACGGGAGUGUAAAGGAAUUGGAUGUAAACUUCCCCUCCGGAUGCGCAAGCCUUGCGUUGGAGACGGCUGCGGUAUGCAUGCAGGAGACGAAGGGAGAGGACACUCUUCACCGGUUCAUGUGACGGACAGAGCGGCGCAGUUUCUGGAUGAGCUUCCAGAUUUUGGGUCGGAACGUGGUGCAUGGAUACAGCUGACAUGUGACAUGAAACCAGGGACCAAUGAGCUUCCCUCAGAAGACGCUCUUGUGCUGCAGCUGCAGCUGUCAAAGAGCCAGGAGAAGCUGGUUGAGGCCCUCAGGGGCCAGCAGGACGAGGUCAAGGAGCUGCAGAGGCUCCUCAGUGAGCAGCAGGGGACGCUGGUCAACCAGCAGAGGGAAAUACUGGAUCAGCAGCGGAGGAUGUCAGAACAGAUGGAGCAAGUGAAAGCCCAGUACAACAUAAUGAUGGACAACCUCAAACAAACAUCUUUCCAGAACCUCCAGGGUGACCUCGAUAGUCACAUGGAAACCAUGAGUGGGCCGGUUAGACCCCACCACGCUCAGCAGGCUCUGUCUCUGCACAAGGUGGACAUGGAGGCCAGUGUGAUGGAGGUGGGUCGCCCACUGAUGGCCUGUGGGAACUGUGGUCCUGAGGAGUACUGUGGCUUCAGCAGCGGUCAUCCUCGAUGUGAGAAAUGUACCGUCUGUCCUGCCGGCUUCUUCCUGGUCGCACAGUGUUCAGUCCAUGCAGACAGAAUCUGCCAGGAUAGAGAUGAAUGCCUUGAAAUAAGUGACCUGUGUGGAGAUCGGCAGAAGUGUCUCAACACUCCAGGUGGAUUCAGGUGCCAGGGCAUGACCGAGCGAGAAGCCAGCUCAGGAAUGUGUGGCCACGGCUACUUCUACAACUCAGAAAUGGACGAGUGUCAGGCCUGUAACGAGUGUGACGGAGAGCCUGUGGCUUCCCCUUGUACCUUCACCACGGACACCGUCUGCUCCGGCCUCGCUGCUGCUGGUGACAGCGCCCUCUCUCUGUCCUGGGCCGGAGAUGUGAGUCUCUCUGGCACCAAAGGCCACGUCCUGGCGCACGCCUUCCCUGGCGUGCAGCUUCUCAUCCGGGGCAGAGGCGACGCAGGUCUUCUGUCUGCCGAAGACGGUCGCCUGUUGCUCCGGCAGCACGGCCUGGUCUGGGUGGAUGAGAAUCUCGCGGUGAGCCACGGCUGUCGUAGUUUCAUCCAGUUGUGUCUGCGUAUGAACAACACGGACGGCUCUGAAGGCCGAGACCUCAGCGGUGUUAGGGUGGAGCAGCGCGAGGGACGGUCGCUGCAGAGCGUCAGCCUCAGCGGCGUGGCAGAAGUCGCUCCGGGUCAAGUCAUCUCCCUGUUCCUCCGCAGCGCCAGCCACCACUGUAACCAAAGCGGUGAAGGUCUGCAGCUUUACGACCCGGCGACGGCUCCGCUCACUCUUCUCUGGCUCUCCCAUGACACUGGGGCUGUUGCCAUGACAGCACAGGCCAUGGUGUCCGCACACUACCACACAAACUACCGCCCGGUCUUCCGCACCACCUCCACAUCCGACCCGUACGUAGUGGGGCUGACUCAUGAUGGCCGUGGGAUCCGUUUUGCUGAAAGUGGCACCGUGCGCUUUGUUUUCCAACAGGCGUUGUACUCCAUGGGACAAGCGUGCGUCACUGAGGGCUUCCAGCUGCUGGCGUACCUCAACCGCAACGGAUCCAGCGUGGAGCUGAGCCGUACCUUUAAAUCAGGUGUCCACUAUCGAGACACAUCCUUAUCUAUGUCUGGUGCGGCUAGAGUCGACUCCGGGGACACGCUUGGCUUUGAGAUCCUCUCUCCCGCUCAGUGCAACGUGCGUUUCUUUGGUGAUGAGACAGGAAUCAGUAUGGUCAGCUUGGUUUGGGUCCCCGCUGCUCUGUCUUCCUCGCUGUCUGCCUCCGUGUCUCACACCGGUCUGCCCUCCGGAGCCGUCCGAAACAAGCCGCUGUUCUUCCGCCAGACCACUGCUCAGGUGUCUCAGAUGGGGCUGCUAGGCAAAGGAUCCACAGACCAGAGGCGAGAUUUUGUCUUCAGAGAGAGUGGCACAGCCAGCGUGGCCCUGGACCUCAAACUCAUUCACUCCUGCAACCUGGUCAAGGUGACUCUUCUGAAGCGAAGUGAUCCAGAGGGAUCAGGAGGAGGCCGGGAGGCCGAGGGAGCACGACCCUUCCCUCUGGCCCAGCAGGUGGGCGGUCAGAUGCCUGAGGGAAGCCACUGGGCCAGUGUGAGCCUGCGGGCGUCCUUCCAGGUUCAUAACGGCACAGCGGUGUUCUUCACACUGGACUGUGUACGCGGACGAGUCAACCAGAUCAGCUACCAGACGGGAAGCGGAGUCUCAAUCCUGUGGGUGGCAGCGUAACAUAAGAAAGAGAAAACUUUUCUGUGUUUGUUUUCAACAUGGUUUCCAGUUCAGUAGAACAGCAAUUUAUAUGAUAGACUAAUUUCAUUAGUUUGAUUUUAGAGGAAUAGUUUUGGGAAAGAUGCUUAUUCGUUUCCUUGCUAGGAAUUGACAAGAUUACUGAUACCACUCUCAUUUGAUGCAUGAUAAAGAUUAGAAACAGGGGGAAACAUUGGGAGCAUACCUAUGUUCCCAGGGUUCUAUAUUCUUAAGGUUCUACGCUCCCAGGUUCCUAUGUCCCCAAUGGUCUUUUUCAGGUUCCAAUUAUAUGCAUAUAAAGGAACAUAAGAACCAGUGAACACAGGACCCUAGGAACAUAGGACUCUGGGAGAGUACAUUUGCAGAACUGAGGAACAUGGGACCAUUUAACAUGUCCCCAAAAUGUGAUUUUUAUAAAGCUGGGGAACAUAGGACCCUGGGAACAAAGCAAUGACCCCAAAACAAAAGUUUGUAAAAUAUGUCUAUAGCACUUGUCCAAGUCUCCAAUUAACUUAACAAGUUAUAUCUUGCUUGUUUAAUCUGUACAAAAAGAAAAGUGCAAAAUCAGCCAUUUGUGGUUUCAUGCAAUAGCUGCUUCCUAUUAGCCUUUGUGCUAAGCUAAGCUAAUGGUCUUGGAUAAAAGAGUGGUGUCAAUAUUCUAAUGAAACUAAGAAUAUUUCCCAAAACAUGAAUUAUUCCUUUAAUGUGCUUGCCUAAACCUAAUUUUAUUAUUUUUUAAAUAUUUGGUGCUAUAAAAAAGCUCAAAUAUUGGUUUUAUUUUUCAAUAAAAAAAGUAGCAUUAUCCAUUGUAUUUAUAUUAAUGCAAGUAGGCUCUUAGUAAUGUAUAAUGAUUUCUGCAGAAGUAAAUGAGGGCUCUAAACUAUUUUCUCACACUUGAGUUGUCUGCUUUUUCAUGUUAAGGAAUUCCAUGUGCUGUUCUGUCUUUUAUUUAUGUAAUUCUGUUACUCUGUUGACGCCAAAGGACCUUCAGCCCAUUCCCACUGUGACUACAGCAUUUUCUGCUGUCACCAAAAGCAUGGUGCUGGUUUCAUUCAGUAGUGUUGUUUUUUAAGAGCAUGUGUUUCAUGUUAGCCGCCAUUUUCUAAUGUGAAUAUCUACUGCAUGCCUUGUUUAAUGACCACUUUCUGCAUAUCACGGACUUAAAGAGAGUCAUGUGUUUCACUAUGGCCACAUUAAACUGUCCUGGAGAGACGGCAUGCUAUCAUAAAAAAUUAACACAUUUACUGUUUACUCAAACUAAAGUGUAAUAAAGUGUAUAUUUGAUGUUUUAUAUGAAAUCAAGUUAAAAUAAAAAUGUUUUGUCAGAUUUUUGGCUGCAUCUACUGCGUAAGGUGUCUGCUUGGUAAAACAUGGAAUGCAGCUUUCAAAAGAAUAGGCCAAACAUACUUUUAAAAAAAAGCUUACUUAACCCUCCUGUUAUGUUGCUGGUCAAAUUGACCCAUUUCA